GAGGCAACGGGAGGACCUGUUUUUGAGAGUGCAAUAGGAGGCCUGGCCUUACAGAGAUGUUUGCCAGGGCGCUAGAUCGCCAGGUGCUGCUGCUUGUGGUCCUGGUAGGGAAGGCCAGCUUUGGGUUCUCCGUGAUGUCCUUCCUUGCAUACCUAGACCCAGAUUGGACCCCUGACAAUUAUGAGUAUAGCGAGGAGUAUUACGACCAGGAAGAGAAUGCCAGCAGUACACUUACCUACUCAGAAAAUCCUAAUUGGUACUACACAGAGGACGAUCCGUGCCAGUCCGGCCCUUGUGAGCAUGGCGGGGACUGCCUGGUCAGAGGGGACACCUUCCAAUGCAGCUGCCCGCCCCUUUUCUCUGGAAAGCGGUGUCAGAAUGUGAAAAACAUGUGCAAGAGCAGCCCCUGCGGCCGCGGUGAGUGCCUCAUUACCCGGAGCUCUCCCUACCACAGCUGCGCUUGCAAGCACCCUUACACAGGCUCCAGCUGCACCUCCGUCAUUCCUGUGUGCAGGCCAAAUCCCUGCCUAAACGGUGGUACCUGCUCCCGGCACAGGCGGAGAUCCAAAUUCACCUGCACCUGCCCUGACGAGUUCAAGGGGAGAUUCUGUGAAAUAGGUCCUGACGACUGCUAUGUUGGUGAUGGCCACGCUUACCGGGGGAAAGUGAGUAAGACAGUCAACCAGCACUCGUGCCUUCACUGGAACUCCCACCUCCUCUUGCAAGAGAACUACAACGUGUUUAUGAAGGAUGCUGAGGAGCAUGGAAUCGGGGAACACAACUUCUGCAGGAAUCCGGAUGGAGAUAAAAAGCCCUGGUGUUUCAUCAAAGUGAACAGCAAGAAGGUGAAAUGGGAGUACUGUGACGUGCUGGCCUGCCCAGCCCUAGACAUUGUCGAUGCAGAGGGGAGCCCCACGGAGCCCAUUGGCCAGCUUCCAGGGUUUGGCUCCUGCGGGAGGACUGAGAGGCAGCUGAAGAGGAUCUACGGAGGCUUCAAGAGCGCGGCGGGCAAGCAUCCAUGGCAGGCGUCCCUACAGACCUCACUGCCGCUGACCCACACCAUGCCCCAGGGCCACAUGUGUGGGGGCGCGCUGAUCCACCCCUGCUGGGUGCUCACUGCCGCCCACUGCACUGACAUAAAAACCAAACAUCUGAGAGUGGUACUAGGGGACCAGGACCUGCUGAAGACAGAAUUCCAUGAGCAGAGAUUUGGAGUGGAGAAGAUCUUUAAGCACAGCCUAUAUCAUGAGAGAGACGAGAUUCCGCACAACGAUAUUGCUUUGCUCAAAUUAAAGCCAGUGGAUGGACACUGUGCUCUGGAAUCCAAGUAUGUGAAGACAGUGUGUUUGCCUGAUGGUCCCUUCUCCUCAGGGACUGAGUGCUACAUCGCUGGCUGGGGUGUUACAGAAACAGGGGAUGGGUCCCGCCAGCUCCUGGACGCCAAAGUCAAGCUGAUCACCAACACUUUGUGCAACUCCCGCCGCCUCUACGAUCACAUGAUUGACGAUAACAUGAUCUGUGCGGGAAACCUGCAGAAACCCGGGCAGGACAGCUGCCAGGGAGACUCGGGAGGUCCUCUGACCUGUGAGAAGAACGGCACCAACUACGUCUACGGGAUCGUGAGCUGGGGCCUGGAAUGCGGACAGAAGCCAGGGGUCUACACUCAAGUCUCCAAGUUCCUGAGCUGGAUUCAAGCCACCAUCCAGAAAGAGACUAGCUUCUAAGAAGCUGUUUGCCAAGCUCUCUGGGGGCAGGUUCGAACCAGCAACGUUACAGCUGAGAAUCCAGGGCUGAACCAAGUCUAAGACCCAAGGUCCCCAGGAAUGCUGAAAUCCUCCUCCUGCCUGCCCCUACCCCAAGAAGAAAGGACUUUCAAGACCAGCAUGAAGAGGCAGCAAAGCCAGUCUCUCAUUUAGACGGGGUGUCUUUUUCCUGAACAAAGCCGGGGUCACCGCCCUGACUGUUGGGGCCCACUAGUCUCCGACCCUUGCUGUGCCUGUAACGAACACACAGUCAUCACAGCCAGGCUGCCCGGGCCCCAAAGUGAUGCCGCCCUGAAAGGUUUGCCUCUGCGGAACUGAGGGCUGCCACUUCAGAGAAAAGCCUGCAGGACGCUUAACCUGACAGUCAUCCCGCCUGGGCAUCUCAGACCCGAGAAAUCAAGCACCUUGCUCCAACUGCAUUUCACGCUUCUUUAGAGCCAGCUGACCUUUGGCCAAAAAUAAACUUUGAAAAGAAACAAUGGGUUUGCCUUUCCCCAAGGCCUGGCCAACU